AUGGAGAAACGCGACUUGGGCACCGCCGACCAGGUCGAGGUCGAGCGCACCCUGACGCAGGUCGCCAAGGACGCGACCCUCACCGAUGAGACGCUCAACCAGAACGCCCUCGAGGGCACUGCCGACGAGCACGAGCUCACCGUCAUGGACGCCCUCCGAACGUAUCCCCAGGCCGUCGGCUGGGCGCUCGUGUCGGCCACGUGCGUCAUCAUGGAGGGCUACGACACGAACCUCCUGUCCAACUUCUUUGCCUACCCCUCGUUCCUCAUCCGCUACGGGCACUUCGUCGGCGUCACGCCCGAGACCCCCACGGGCUACCAGCUCACGCCCUCGUGGCAGGCCGGCCUCUCGCAGGGCUCAAACGUGGGCUCCAUCCUCGGCUGCCUCGUCAGCGGGUACCUCGUGUCCAAGUACGGCUCGCGGCGGGUGCAGCUCGGCGCGCUGCUCUCCCUCACGGCCUUCAUCUUCGUCGUCUUCUUCGCCCCCAACCUGACGGCCCUCGUCAUCGGCGAGAUCCUCUGCGGCUUCCCCUGGGGCAUCCUCGCCACCACCGCCCCCGCCUACGCCUCCGAGGUGCUUCCCAUCGCGCUCCGCACUUACAUGACCUCGUAUACGAAUAUGUGCUUCAUCAUCGGCCAGCUCAUCUCCGCGGGCAUCCUCAAGGGCCUGUCCACCCGCGAGGACGAGUGGGGGUACAAGAUCCCCUUCGCCAUCCAGUGGGUGUGGCCCGUCUUCCUCGUGCCCCUUAUCUGGUUCUCGCCUGAGUCGCCGUGGUAUCUCGUCCGCAUGGGCCGCCUCGACGAGGCCGAGGCGUCGCUGCGCCGCCUCCAGUCCCCCAAGGCGACCAACGUCGACCCGCGCAAGACCCUCUCCGUCAUCGUCUACACGAACAACCUCGAGAAGCAGCUGCGCGUCGGCACCAGCUACUGGGACUGCUUCAAGGGCACUGAGCUGCGCCGCACCGAGAUCGCCUGCGUCGUCUUCGCCGGCCAGAUCCUCUGCGGUAUUUGCUUCGCCUACAACAGCUCCUACUUCUUCUCCCAGAUGGGCCUCGGCACGAGCACCACCUACUCUCUCGCCCUCGGCGGCACCGGCCUGGCGUUUGUGGGCUGCCUGGUCAACUGGUUCGUGCUCAUGCCCAACUUUGGCCGCCGCACCAUCUACGUCUGGGGCAUGGCCGGCAUGUGCGUCGUCCUCAUCCUCAUCGGCAUCCUCAACGUGUGGACCUCGCACUACUCCGUCGCCUUGGCGCAGGCCUGCCUCACCAUGGCGUGGACCUUCAUCUUCCAGCUCUCCGCCGGGCAGCUCGGCUGGGCUCUCCCCGCGGAGAUGGGCUCGACGCGGCUGCGCCAAAAGACCAUCUGCCUGGCGCGCGACUCCUCCAACAUCAUGGGCACCAUUGGCGGCACCCUGCAGCAGUACUUUAUGAACCCGCAGGCCUGGAACCUCAAGGGCUACACCGGCUUCUUCUGGGGCGGCACCUGCUUCUGCGUCUUCGUCUGGAGCUACUUCCGCCUUCCCGAGACGUGGAACCGGUCGUACCACGAGCUCGACGUGCUGUUUGCGAAGCGGGUUCCCGCGAGGAAGUUUGCCAGCACACCAGUCGAUCCGUUCGACGAGCACGACAUCAGCAAGAUCACGGGCAAGGCUCAGGACGCCGCCGACCGAGUAUGA